UUUGUCAAAAUGACAAAGAGAGCAAGAGAAGUCCUUGUAAAAACUCAAGCAACUGGACCAUCAAUUUCUCCGAGAUUGUGAAAGGCGGUAUAAAAGCUACUUCUUCCUUCCAGAGUAUAAUCGCUUCAUCGCACUGCGAUCACAAUAGAUUUCAACGAGACCACCUCCCCGUCGGCUGCGCAUAUACGGCAUUCACGAGUAUAUCGGGAACUGCAUUUCGAAAAGGUAAUAUGAAUCCAUCAGGCCGAAGGAUUGUUGUCCUUGCUUUCGCUGCGAUGUUCUCUGGAAUGUCCUUGAUAUGGUGCAUGUACUUCAAGCAGAUGUCCACCCUGGACACUCGAUCCGUUUCAGUUUUUACCAAAGGUAAAAUGUUAUACCCAUCAGCAAGAUUCAAGGAGCCGAUGGUUUCAGAAGUGACCACAAACAAGAGGCCAGCUUUGCCCGAUUUUCGCCUGGAGAAUAGAUGUACACGGGAUAAUCUCAAGAAAAUGGGAAAACCGGGAUUUUUCGAGGGUAUCCCGGAGCAGUUUCUCCCGGGAUAUAAAGGCCCGUGUUUUAUGACCAGGAAGAAGGUGUUGCGGUGUCUGCCUCAUUUCUAUGUUAUCGGAGUUGCGAAGUGUGGAACUACUGAACUAUGGGAAAAACUGGAAUUGCAUCCUCAAUUCUUCGUAUCUGGCAUCGAAAAGGAAGCCGAUUGGUGGUCCCCCACGAGGAAACGAUCAACACCUUUCUCAACUUACCUGAAUUCGAGGUCAGCGCAAAUGGUUGAAAAGUUCCAGCGGAACCAUUCUAUGAGAGAAUGGCUGGUGACAGCGGAUGGCUCUCCGACCACUCUCUAUGAAUUCGAUAACUGGAGGAUGUUCUUCGGCAACAGGUAUGAUGGACCAAUUUGCACAACGGCGGACCUUCUUUAUGCCGUACAACCAAAGGCAAAGCUCGUCAUAACGCUUAGAGAUCCAGUUGACAGGUUGUACUCACAUUAUCUUCAUUUCCACUAUAAACAUGGGUCUGCUCAACAAUUUCAUGAAGGCGUGCUUUCGGAAAUUGAAAAGUAUGAAUCUUGUCGGAGAUAUCAUAGUGCACGUGCUUGUGCGUAUGGUCGCAAUAUUAACGACUUUGUGACCCUCCAUGUUGGACUAUAUAGUGUUUUCAUUCGAGAUUGGUUGAAGGUAUAUCCCAGAGAACAGUUGCUUAUUUAUCGGCUUGAUGAAUGGAAAGAAGAUUGCCCUAAAGUAUUUUCUGAAGUAUUAAAGUUUGUAGAACUUGAUAGUCUUCCGGACGAAACUGUACGAGAGAUUUGUGCUAGGAAAAUGGCAAAUUCAGGUGCUGACAAGAAAAAGAUGGUGGGACCCAUGAUGGAUCAAACACGUCGGCUGCUAAUGAAUUUCUACGCAGAGUCAAACCGAGAACUCAGUAAACUCUUAGGCGAUGAUCGAUACUUGUGGAAGCGAUGAUAGAGGAUUAUCAUACUAAAUAUCCUUGCAUUCCGUAAGCAUGGUAAUAAUGAACGUGAUUUCUGUCCAUUGGCGGAAUCGGCAAAUUUAGGUCCGUUAACGAGAUUUGUAGAUCUGAGUCCGCGAAUUCUGUCGGAUGUAUCCUGCAACACUGAAAUUUGAGCUUGCCAACUGAAACAAUCAAUCCAGCUGCAGUGUCCACUAUUUGUCGUUUUAAUGUAUAAUUAUAGUCAGAUAAUUAUCUUUUUCAAAGUUUGGGGACCUUCCGCUGGCUUGAUCCCACCGGGGUGGAUUUUCGAGGGGCGUCAGCUGCCCCUUUCUGACUACCUUUCCCCUUAGAAUUUGAAUUUUUGUAAUGUUUCGUUUCACUACCUCCAUAUAAUUGGGCUUGAUGGGGGUAAAUUGAAAACGGCGAUGAGGCGUUCUCAUAAUGAUCCCCCCCCCCCCCCCCCCGGUCCAAAGCGUGUCAGUAUGUGUUUCCAUUUACUGAUUCGCAUUCAUGUACUUAGAAGGGAAAUUCAUCUUGUCGAAAAGUUUGUUGUAAAGAUACCGGAAAAUCUAUUUUAAAUAUAUUGAUUUGAGAUAAAUCCACACUGUACAAAAUAUAUGACUCAGUAGUUAAUACUUAAUGAAUAUAAGAAGAAUUCAUAAUUUGUAAUUAUGAUUCAUUUUUUAAAGUAGUUUUUAACUCGUCUUGACUUGAUUUAUUUGGGUUCAAUAUACAUUUAAGAAAAUUCACGUAUUGCUGGCUUGCUUUGAUUGAGUGAAUCUAACUCAAUUAGGCAAAGAUGAUUAUUACUUAUAAAUUCUUGUUGAAUGUACUUAUAUUUUUCAAUUAACGCCUUAUUUAAAUAAUGCAGGAAUAUUCAUUAGACAUGUUGGAGCAAGUAAAUGGGUUUUUUUUAUAACUGUCAUAUCUACUUGUGUUUGAUUUUUUUUCAGAUAAGGGUGUGCUAACUAUUUUAUUAUUUUGUUGAAUCGAAGAGAGAGCAACAUUAAAUAGUCAUUUAGCAGAACAUUUUUAGAUGUCUGUUUAGGUUUUCGGAAAAUGAUUAUAUUGUUCUCAAUGUUUUAUUUGUAAGAAUGAAACGAUCGCGUAUAGAUAUCAAUGUAAAUACCUAUACAUGUAACAGGUA